AUGCUGCGUCUGGAUUCUGGACUUCGAUCUCCAAGACGCCAGGUUGUCAGUGACAGCUCUCCGAGACGUGCAUCGCCUCGUGCCGCUGCAACACCUACCUUGGACACCGGAGGGUUAAGCUCGCUCUCGACGUCUGCAGGAUCGGCGCUGUCAUCGCCCUUGAGACGACCUGGGAGUCCGGUGAGGGCCUCAAGCCCGACAGCUCCACGAUGUUCCAAGGAGUGCAAGCGUACUUCGUCGCCUACAGCUGGAGCGACAGAUUCGAGGUCGGAAAAAAGUCGUUGUCAUGUGCAGCACAGAGUUCGAUCCAAUGAGCCUCUUCUCGGGGAGAGAGUCGACUGGUCACCAUGCAAGUGGCCACCCUCUGCACGCUGGCCGUCCACUCAGCUGCCACAGAACGUAAAUCUGUGGCCGGUUGCUGGAGAUGAAAAGCCCAGAGGACUGGACACCUGGACCCACCUCCUCUUCAGCACGGGCUUACGCUGCUCACCGUCCGAAAUACCAUACAAAUGUCCCAGAUGCUCCAGCAUCAACACCGCAGACUCCUCAUUUUGCCGCAAAUGUGGUACACGGCGGCAAGAGGACUGGCACGUGAAAGAUCGCCCCAACUCGCCCGGCCAUCGCUCUCGGGCUGCUCCUUGCUCGCGAAGCAUCUCGCCACGGGCCGGCACACGUGCUUCCACGAGGAGCACAUCGCUUCGCCAGCGCGGCGUUCGGGCGGUCUCCCAACCGCAGAGCCCACGGUUGCACUCUGGUAGGAGUGGCAACAGGGAGAGACAAGUCAGAGGCAGCAACUCCCAACGGGCGAUCAGGCCCGGGCCCUCACCGGGGCCCUCGCGGAAGGACCCAAAGCGGCCACACAGCCUCCAUGGCCAUGGCCACGGCCGCCAGCAGCUUCAACCACCGCUUGAACGGGCGACAGCGCAAGCAACACAGCUUCGGUCGGCCUCGGUGCCGAGAGCUGCAGUCCGUCCGAAGCUGACACCUGCGGACCUGGUACGACUGCAACGCGAACUUCAGGCUCAGAUGGAGAUGGUCAGCAAGGCCUUGGCCACUGGACCGCCCGGACCACGUGCUCGUCCAGCAAAGCUGAGCGGACGCCAGCUGAAGGAGCAGUACCUGCCAUCCCUUUCCUCAAUCUUGGGCUUGGAGGCCUGUUGGGAGGUGCAGGCUUUGAUGGCGAUGAUUGCGUCAUCACCCCCAGGGCGAGUGUCCGGCGCGUCGCAGGCUGCGCAAGCCAUGCCACAGGCAAUGCCAAAGGCAAUGCUGCAGCCAGCCGCACAUGGGAUGCCAGUGAGUCAAGUGCGUGCCCCCUGUGCUACAUCGGGGGCGCCUAUGUCCUUAACCGGGACUUGGCAAAACGUUGCAGCAGCCGGUACGAUGCCAGCGGUGCAGGCAAGGCAGGUCUUGCCACAGCAAGUGCCUUAUGCGAGUGGCAUGGGCGGACAGUUGCCCCCUGGAAUGUGGCCGCAAAACCCUUCAGCAGCUGUGCCGGUCAGACUUUUGGCUGGGUCAUCUCCUGACAUUGUCUUCAAUCCUGGGGACAAGGUGCAGUUGAGAGGACACGCUGCGAAUCCCGACUACGAGGGCAAGAUCUACACCGUGGAGGGGCAGGACGAACUCGGAGUGGUGCAGGUCACGCACAAGGUCAUGGAGAAUGCUGUGUCGAGGAUGUGUUUCAACGCAGCUCACCUGGAGCUGGUCACUGCAGUGGGUGACCUGCCACCCGAGGCGCUCUUUCCGCCUUUCUGCCUUUCUGAUGCUUCGUGCUCGGGACUAAAGGUUGGUGAUACCGUGCAGAUCUCUGGGCUUGGCCAUCAUGACGGUCGGUUGUGCACGGUGGUCUCAGCAGACGACAGGCAACCGAUUAUGCGGGUGAAGUUCGUGGACUGCCAGGACAUGCUUGAGCUUGCUCCGUCGUACCUCACGCUCAUAGAGCCUGCGAAGGCUUCGUCCGUGGAUGCUUCGGUGGAGAGAGUGGGCGUCAAGGGCGAGGGUGGCAUAAAGGUCGGGGACCAGGUGAUCAUUCUGGCACCACCACACCACAAAGGAAAGGUUGGUGUGGUCGAGGUUCCCGACCUGGGCGACGGAUCACUGCGAGUGCGAAUGCAGGAUCCUUCAGAUUCCGUCACCGUGCUGGUGUUAAGCCCGACGCAUGUCCAGAAUCCG